GAACGCGAAAAAGAAAAAAGCCAUUUAAAAGGGGCGUAGAUUUCAUUACCAAAUCCAUGAACCACAAUGCAGUGGCACCUUUUGGUGGGACCCACUCCCAUCCACGGCUUUCCCCCCUCCUCCUCCUUCUCCUUCAUAGCUAACGGCGGCAACCCUUCCAUUUCCGCUUCUCCGUUCAGCGGCAGCUGGCGCCACCCUUACAACCAACACCCGAGCGAACAUCGUAACCGCUGGGUCCCACCGCCAUCAUCAUCGUUCACACCAGCGACUGGAAUCAACGGCAAGCAGAACCAUUAUACAGUACUCGGCGUCGCUAGGAAUGCUUCCUCCGCUGAUAUCAAGCGAGCUUAUCGACUUCUCGCUCGAAAGUAUCAUCCCGAUGUGAGCAAGCAUUCACGAGCUAGUGAGCUAUUCAAGAGCAUCCGCCAUGCUUAUGAAGUCUUAUCUAACGAAGUAACAAGGAUUAGGUAUGAUCAAACACUUACAUUUCAAGAGGACGUUGGGAGGUCAUACAAAGGAAAGCGGAAUCAUAGUCCUAAGUAUGAAGAUGGGGUUAGGAUAUAUAGGUGGGCUGAACUCAAACGAAAAAUGCAAGAAGAAAGAUCCCGAAAACGAUAUGAAGUAAAUGAGGAAUAUUCUUCCUUUUAUGAAGAAACUGGUGAUGAGGCUGACGAAGAAAGCCUGCAACAAGGGAGAGGGUCGUUUAUAGAAGUUAUAAAAUCUGCUUUCAUAUUGCUGUUCUUGCUGCAGACAUUUGGGUCUCAGUUUUCUCUCACCUUCAGCAGCCUAAUGGCUCUACUUGAUAAAAAGCUGGAUGCUGGCUAUAAGAUCGGUUACGUAAUUGCAUGGGUUUUAGGCGGAAGAGGUGGCGUUUUGCUGACUUUAUGUCUUUUGUUUGCGAGUUGGGUUUGUGGGAAAACCAGCAGCAGUGUGGUUGUUCUGGUGGUCAUAGCCAUGUGGGUUGGCUCCAAUCUAGCAAGAUAUGCUCCACUCCCUCAAGGUGCCCUCCUUGCACUUUUAUACAUGUCUAUCAAGCUUCAAGUUGAUCUGCACUAAUGUUCUUCAGUACAUUAUCUGCAACAUCAACUGUUGAUUUUGUACAUAUGUUUGUUCUAUUGAAAUCUAACACAAAGGGCGAUUUGUUAGAAAGAAAA